GUGGGACCCACAGGCCUGCCCCCCACCCCAUGACACUCCCACUCCCACCUCCUUCCACCUGAACUGAGGAAGACUCACCACAGGCUGUAUGGGGCCUAUGAUAGGUUUACCACACAUCCGGGUUUUCCCAGACAUGUCCUCCUUUUUGGAUCCUCCAAUCUCUGGACACCUUUUUUUGAAACAUCAAAUGUUUGAGGUUUUGGUCAGCUCAGCUUCAAAGUUUUUCCUUGCACUUCCCCACUUGCCUUAGCAAGGAGCUGCUUGGGGUUGUGGGAUGGGGCAGCCUUCAUCCUGGCAGGGUGGUGGGAACAGCCCCAGCAGCUGAGUACAGACAAAUCAACUCUAAAUCAUACCGACUGACCAGGAAGAAAUCAAUUAUUCUAGAUGCCAUGUGAGGCGCUGCAACCAGCAAGCAUCCUCCAUUCCAGCCUCUCACCCUGGGACUUCGGGACCAUGGUGCUGCUGCUGCUGGUGCUGCUGCCCCUGCCGGUGCCCCCAGUGGGGGUGACACUGUCGCGCCAUCGACAGUGUGGUCAACCUCAAGAUCCAAGCAGCACUAGCCGGGUACCACCCCACCCCACAGGAGCCAGCCGUCAAGUCUGCCGAGCUGGUGUGUACGGAUGUGAAUGCCCGCGGGAGCCUUGUCUCCUGCCCCAGGGGGUUCAAGGUGACAGCUUGUGCCUGCAGCAUGGGUUGCGGCUCCUUGGACAUCCGCGGUGACACCUCCUGCCACUGCCAGUGCCAAGGAAUAGACGACCAGUGCCUGCUGCUGCCGCAUCCAGCUGCACUGUGCCUGAGUACCCCAAGCCUGCGGCCAUGGCUCUAAAUAAACACUGCUCUGGGCUCCCC